AUGCGUAUUUCUCCAUCUAAGUCACCGCUCCGCCGUAAAGGCAACACGCCAUCUCCAGUAAUCCUCCCUGACGAACUCGUCGCCGAAGUCCUAUCCUUCCUUCCCGUUAAUUCUCUCAUGCAACUCAAGUGUGUGAGCAAAUCAUGGAACUCGCUUAUCUCUGAUCCCUUUUUCGUCAAAUUGCACCUCAUCAAAUCUUCAAGAAACCCACUCCUCUCACUAUUUUCGACACAAUCUUCAAAUAAUUCCAUUUCUGCAGUACUAACUCCUAUGCCCAUGCGUUGUAUACGAGAGAUAACCAAUGCCAAUCAUGAUACUAAAUACCUAUUGGCGGUCGAGGAAUAUUACAUGAGUGUUGGUUCCUGCAAUGGAUUGAUUUGCAUGCUCCAUGAUUCUUCAGACGUCUUUGUGUAUCGAGAUUUAUCUCUCCGAUUCUGGAACCCAGCCACGAGGUCAUUGUCUGAUAAACUAGAUUAUUUUUGCACUUCAGUCAAGGAACUCAACUUCAAAUUCUCAUAUGGUUAUGAUAAUUUAACCAAUAAAUAUAAGGUGGUAGCCUUUCGUCCUAACGAGGUAAAAGUUUUCACUUUGGGCGAAAAUAUUUGGAGAAAUAUUCAAAGUUUUCCUGUAGAUCCUUAUUACUGUACUCAUAAUCCUUAUAAUUGCGGUGUGUAUUUGAGUAAUAGUAUUAAUUGGUUUGCCGUUCGCAAUCAUGAGAACUUUGUCUAUGGCCGAUGGAAAGAUCUUAUUGUUAGUGUUGAUGAAUUUGUGAUUAUCUCACUUGAUUUGGGAAUGGAAACAUACACGCAGUUGCGCCUCCCUCAGGCUCUUAAUGAAGUCCCAUAUGUUAUGCCAACUGUUUCCAUAUUGAUGAACUGUCUUUGUUUUACACAUUAUUCCAAGGGAAAUCAUUUUGUUAUAUGGCAAAUGAGGGAAUUUGGAGUUGAAGAUUCUUGGAUUCAAUUGUUUAAAUUUAGGUAUCAACAUCAGCGUUGCAUCGGUGUUCGCCAUGGAUAUUGUAAUUUGUUGCCAUUACAUGUUCUUGAGAAUGAUGAUACACUAUUAUUGGUAAAUGGAGAACAAUUCAUUCGUUAUAAUCGGAGAGAGAAUAGACUAGUAAAGCUACCUGCAAUUAACGAAUGCUUAUAUUUGCGCUAUGCCAAGCAUUAUAUCGAAAGCUUGGUUUCAACUUGUUAA